CCUAAAAGAGCAGACAGAGAGGAAAGAGGGAAUUAUAACAUAACAAAACAACCCCCACAAUAUUUAAUUUCGAUCAAUCGACCUAUUUCUCUUGACAGUUUACCUACAUUUGAACUGAUGUACACCUGGUAAUAAAUCAGAUCAUUAUUCAGUUAUAGACGACGUUCUCUAGUCCAGUCAGUGGCUGCAGCUCCUGCAAACACAAUCAGCCUACACACUUUGGGAGUCACAAUUGUCGCAUGUUGGGUAAGUGCAUUCCAGGUGGAUAGCUCUGUACAUAAGCGCACGCCAGUGGUGUUUACUUGACUACGUGCAGUCGUCAGAGGCGCAGACGGCGUAUCCCAGCAUGCAACAGGAGGCCGUGCACACAUCCAGCAGCUGGUAGUGAGUCGCUGAGGCGCUGAGCAGGCAGCAGCUAGCGGCCAACACACAGCGCACAACACUUCCACCACUUCCAUGUGAGAGAACAAACCACGCCGUUUACCUUCCAGACGACACCAAAAUAUGCUGUACGAGCGGCUGGCGUGUCAGCGCAGCGGCGUUUGAGCUCUUGAUUUUGGAGGAUUCCUCCCUCCAUCUUCCGAAUCGCACCAGACGGGCAAUGACAACGGUCUCAGCAACCCCGCAGCAGAUGAAGGACCGGCUGCUGCAGGCCAUCGACAGUCAGAGCAAUAUAUGCAAUAUGGUUGUUGUGUUGGAGGUAAUUUCCUGUCUUGAAAAAUAUCCCAUCACCAAAGAAGCACUUGAGGAAACCCGAUUAGGAAAAUUGAUCAAUGAUGUACGGAAGAAGACCAAGGAUGAAGAUCUGGCCAAACGUGCUAAAAAACUUCUAAGAAAUUGGCAAAAGCUGAUUGAACCUGGGUCGGCUGUGGUCGCAAGUGCUCCUGGGUCUACAAAUGGUAGUUCGCAUCCAUGCAGGACAGAGGCAUCUUCCCCUGAACAGUCUGUGUUGGGAAAGGGGGUCUCUGAAGUCAAAAUCAGAAACGAUGUACACAACACGUACUCCCCAAAAGCUGAAAAAUCAAGCAGUCGCAAGCGCCGGGCAGAGAACAGAGACAGCGGUGUGCACUUACCAGAAAAAAUCUCCAAGUUGUCUUCAUACGAUAAGUCACCACCCCCCACCAAUGGGAUUGCUGGUAGUCCAGACGUCCCACCUGACCAGGAGGUAGUCCCAUCUCCUGACAGAUCUCGAAUAGAGCACCUUGAAAAUGAUAAAAUCAACAGAAUUCCAGUAAAUGCUGUCAAGCCUCGCCCCAGCUCCCCUGGUGUGGCCAAACUACCUAGCACUUCAUCUUUGAUCAAGGUUGCUGUUAUGCAGCAACAGGCCAGACUAGAUGAAGGGGGAGGAGGAGCUGGGGGUGGUGGAGGGUAUUAUCAGGCCAGAAGUCCACGUGGCCUCACAACCAGUCCAAGGAGUAUGAAGCAAGACACACUGACCAAGCGCUCCAAUGUGUAUGCACCAAGGGGAACACCAGUCCCGAGCCCUUCCUCCAGAAACUCUCCUUUGUCGUCCCAGCCCAUUUCCUCUCCCGCUCACGCGUCUUGCACUGACAAGCUGCCCUUUUCAUCUCACAGGUCCUCGAUGCACUGGGUCGGUUCAUUAGAUGUCUCCUCUCACUGCUCAUCCCAAGAUGUAUCUGCAACACUGGAAUCCCUGUCAGUUUCCCCUUCAACAUCUCUCUCCCAACAGAACUCAGAACUACACAGACAGACACCUGAGGCCGCUGCGGCCGUGUCUGAUGACACAGAUGGGUCACUGGCCCUCAACUCGGAACAUAAAAAGAGGAAAUACAGGUCGAGAGACUAUUUUGUCAACUUAGAUGGACAGAAACUAGAGGAUGUGACAAAGCCAGUUCGGUUAAAAGAACGCAGACUAACAUUUGACCCUGUCACAGGUCAAAUUAAAUCUCUGGUACAUAAAGAACCUUCACAAACAGAAGAAGCCCCUAACCCUUAUGAGCCUAGGCAGAAAACUGAAAGCACUGUACCACCACCAGCUGCCCCAGGCCCAGGUCCUGGACCUGGACCUGGACCUGGUUCUGGUUCUGGUCCUAACCCUUUCCAACAGACAAACUGGAAGGAGCUGUCCAGAAAUGAAAUCAUUCAGUCCUAUUUGAACCUUCAGAGCAAUGUUCUAACCUCUUCUGGGGUACAGACCCCAAGUGCACACUUUUUCAUGUCUGAGUAUUUGAAAAGAGAAGAACAGGAAACUAAGCAGCUGAGAAAAACCCAUGCUUUGCAGACAGACAUCCCAGUAAGUGAUUUACCAGGUGUGACACGGGAGGUGACGGCAGACGACCUGGAGAGAAUACACACAAAACACUGGCCAGGGGUGAAUGGUUGUUAUGAUACCAAGGGCAUCUGGUAUGAUUGGACGGAGUGCAUAUCAUUGGACCCUCAUGGGGAUGAAAGUAAAUUGAACAUCCUGCCAUACGUUUGCCUAGACUGAGGGGUUUGGGACAGUUGGGACUUUUCCCAUUCCUCUCUCUGUCUCUGUGUGGAGGCUAGACUUUGUGAUUUUGUUUGUCCAUUGUGAGUUUGGCAAAAGUCAGGUCUGCUAAACUCCCUUCCCCUCCACGCCUCUUCAUCUUUCUGUGAAAAUUUGUUGAGAUUUUGGUAUAAAAGAGUUAAGGAUUAAAAUUAUAUUUGAGUUCCUAAAACCAAGGGCUGUUUCUGUUUUUAUUUUUCAAACGGAAAGGAUGAGGCCCAGGUUGCAGAGGGCUGAAAGUAACACACAAACCCAAAGAGAGGGCAGCAAUAUUCCAGUCAAGGAAUGUCGUAAAUGACGCUGGUUUUUAAGCUUUUGAAUUGAACCCUCCAUUUGGGCUCGUUAGUAUAACACUGCCCUCUGCUUUUACAUUCUCAUUUUAUUGAGACAUUACAAUGUGACUUUGAGGGAAGGCUUGGGUUUAGCUCUCCUGUUCAGACUGCCAUGUUGGUUCCCAGAAAAGGUGUGGAUAAAGUUAAUCGAGCACAGGUAGAGCUGAACAUGUACACAGUAUAAAAUACUGGAGCAUAUUUGGCAGUUACAAGAAGCUUUAUGUGAGAUGAAAAAGAGUAAAUUAUGAAUUUCAUGUAUACAUCUAUUUAUUUUUGACCAGUUCAUCAAAAUAGGUGUUUAAAAGCCUAUAGAUUUUUUUUUUGCAUUAGGAUGCUGUUUGCCUCACCCUCGCCAAUAGAGGGCCGACACACAUUUUGCGUAGUUCUCCCUAGGUUCGGUCGACACAUUUGGUUCACAACAUUCCAUAUUCCAUCCUACAUCCUGUCUCAUCCACAGCUCUUAUGGUGCUUUCACACCGAACAAGACUAAAAGGAUCACACGACGCCCACAGAGCAGUACUUUUGCUCUUCUGUUUACUCUCGUUUUCUUAGCAGACAGGAAUCUAAUGCUAGUUUAAUGCUAGUGCUGGCUUUAAUCAUUAAGAAUUAUUGUGCUGGAGAUGCAAAUGUUUUUGCUGGUGAGCCCAAUUAACAGGGCAGCUACUCUUAAUACCUCCUUUUUCUUUGUGCCCCUGCUCGCCAGUAGUGAUACUGCAGCCAUAAGCUUUACAAGAGAGGGUAUAGAUCCCUAUAAAUUACAGUAUUAGAUGUUGGGGAAGCCAAACAGAAACCAAAUGACUACAAUGUCUCAAAGGUUGGCCGCAAUGCCGGUGUCCAUCAUUGACAUGACGACCCCACAUCGGCGAGUCAAAACAUUUUAAUAUCAGUCACUUGUCAUUUGCGUCUAAUGCCUAAUGUCUUCUGCAUCAGUUCUAACGCCUGACAAAAAUCUCUUUCAGUUUGGGAGACAACCUUGCCAUUGCAAUAACUUAGCAUUUCCAUCGGAAAAACGCUUUGCUCCACGUUCGGUGUGAUCCCACUUUGAUGUCUGUGUAGUUCCAACUCUAAAGACAUUUGUUCUAAAGGAACUGUAUGGUUCAAUCUAUUAAAACUUGUGGUGCUUUUCAAAUUAUGAACUUUAUACCAGUAAACAUUGCCUCAACUUCUUUCCCAUACGGAAUAAUAAAUAUGGUGUUGAUCAACACCUGAGAAAAAUGGAAAUAUUUGAAUCUUGAAACUCCCCAAGUUUCCAUUCCAUUAAACUGUUAUUCUCCUGAAAUUACCUUACAAUGUUUUCAUAUGAAGAAGCCUUGUGUGGCGUGGUGACCUUUCAUGCAUUUGUACAUAAAUUUGUUUGGUCCUUUCAUCCCUGGCUUUGUUGAAGUGUUCAUUCUGAUUGCACCCACAAGUGAGUUAAUGUGGCCAUAAAUAUUCAAACUUCUUAGAGUUGAGAAAAUCUGAAGAGUGCUUUCCAGGUAGCAGUAAUUUGGCUUCUGUGCGUUUAAGUGAUGGAGAGACACGGCUGUGCUCAUCAGAUAACUUUGUCAUUAUCCAUGUGACCACACCUACUUUCUCUUUAUACACCUCACUACCAUUUUUGUACACUUUAUUUGGGUUCAAAUUGGCUUUUGUGCUGCCUCUCUGUUCAUUCUUUUAAGUCACUCAUCCCUACCAAUGUGCCUUGGUAAAAAUGGUUAAUCUGGAUUUGCAGUAAACACGCCUGUCUGUAGAGCUGGGUUUAUGUGCGAUAAUUCAAAUCCCAUGACGCUGUUAUAUGCACCGUUUCUGUUCCAAUUUCUUUUGUACACGUUGGUCUAGCAAGGGUGAAGCUGCAGACGACUGCAACACAACACAGCUGGCAAUAAAGGAAAAGUGCUACAACUGGUUGAUAAGAAUCUGUUUUCUGCGGUUUGUCUGAGGCAUCUUUAUUUGUUAAGUGUUUAACAUCUCUCAGUUGUUUGACAAAUAAAAUGAUCUAAAUCUAA